AUGCCCUCGGAAUCAGAGAGAUCAUCAUGGCAUCCAGCAUUCAUGCCAAAUACCACUGCAGAUAUAAUUACCCCGAAACCUCUUACACAAGCGAUCGCGGAUGCGGAGCCCGUCGCUGACCUGGUGUCUUCGAAUCAUUUGCCAGUUAGUGAGGAAGAGCCAGUGAUUGGAGACGACAGAACAUUGGAUGAGGGGAGGGAAUCAGACGUGGACGCGGAUGAAUUGGGAAGAGACGACACCGAACAUCCUGAAUUGACAGAUCUGCGAAGUGCGCUCACUUCAUCGUUGGAAAGUCCGGAGAGUGUAAAGUUGGAUGAGAGUCCAUCGCGUGAAGUAGAGGACACAACUGCCACCGAGGAAGAUGAAGUGGACAUUUCAACCACGGGCCCUUCGAGUGAUAGCAAACACGUCAGUACGAAUUCCUUUGCAAGGACGUCACAUGAGGUGAAUUGGGGUGAGGAUGAUGAGGUGGAUCCGGAAUGGAACCUAUCGCGUACGGAUACAGACCCGUUCAAGAUGAUGCCCAAAUCCGAUCGAACGAAUUCUUUCCCUAUGGUCCCUCCCAUACACGAACAAGAAACCUUACACUCUAUCCCGCAUUCCCAAGCCGAAGAUAUUAUGAAUGAGGUGGAACAGUCACCACGUAACACGUUCUUCGAUGAGGCGCAUGAUGGUGAAGGGGAUUUCUUUGCACAACAAAGCCCGGGUGAUGUUUUCGAUGAAGUUGUACAUGGUUCUCAGACAACACAAUCUGGAUCGGGAUAUUCACCAGAUUAUGGUCAAUCAUAUGGUGGAGAUGUCGAGCAAGAAGAUGAGGAAUCUCGCGCACGAUUUGAGGAAGGAAUUCCUCUUUUUCAACCUGCUGAACCUGUUGAUGGAGCGGAAGCUAGUACAAAUCACUCUACGUUCACCACAGAUAAUGCAGGUAAUGCAGAAAAAGAGGUUGAUUUUUUUACUCAGGUUAGCACGUCGGUCCCUCAAGAAUUAGAUGUAGGUCAACCAACACUCGAAAGAAAAUCAACCAUGCAAGUUAUGGAUUCCCUACAUUUACAACAAAACGACCGAACGCUGGAGGCAACACCAAAAAGCCAAGAUGUUUUCCCCGACUUGAUUACGGAUAGUGAGAAUCUCCAGAAAAAUGCCCUUCAGGAUGUAUUCGACGGCCCUGAUUCCGAAUUCCCGGCGGAUUUAGGCGGGGAAAUCGGCGAGGCAAGCAGUGAGGAUUUGACGGCCAAGUGGCAAGCGGCAUUGGAUGACGAGUUUCUGGAUGAUGACGACGAACUCUUACCAGAUGAUGAUAAUGAUGAUGAUAAUGAUGAAGCUGAAGAUAAGGCUGUCGAUCCAGCUGCCUUUUUUGGAAGUGAUGAUGAGGGGUUCUUAGAUGAUACCGAGGAGAUCACUGAUGCCACCAAUUCCCACAUCAAGGGCUCUAAUGGUCACGUGGCUGACUUAGAUGCCAAAGGGGCGAAAUUACGCAGUGCUAGCAAUCGCUAUACUCCUGAAGGAGCAGCUCCGACAGUCCGGCCACAGUCUAACAAGUCUUUUGCUCCUACCGCGCCUUUCUUUACCGAUCUAUCGAGAUCAAACACUACUCCAGAAACUUCUUUACCAUUCAACCCUGCAGUCGCUAUGGGAAAUUCUCCCGUUCAGCAACAGCAACGUCCUGAAUUACCUAAGGCUCAAAGUUUUGCCGAUAAAGCGAAGGGAGGCUAUGCAUCUCCUUAUGAUUUGCCCAUGGAAGUUGUCAAACCUCGCAAAAGAGUAAGCACGAACCAAAUGAAUCGUGGAUACAACGCAUCAGCUCCUCCAGCUCCACCCAGAGCCAGCAGUAUGAAUGUACCACCACCAAGUACAUACCCUCUUCAACAACAGCAGCAAACGGUGGUAAAUACUCUUCCCGUUGGCCCGAAUGCCCAGACACCAAAAUCUGCGCCCGAAAGUGGUUUCUUCGAAGACCUCCCUAUUCUUUCCCGACCCAAAGUCGCCCCUAGACAUCAAAUUGCCCCCGUGUCCUCUCAGUAUGCACCGUCAAUGAAUGCCGGAACUCCACAAAACUAUGCACCUACAUCCGCCCAGCUACCAUACUCCGCUCCAAUUCAUGAAGAGGCCACUAUGCGACAACCACCCUCCCUUCAGCCCCCAAUGCAAUCGCCGCCAAUGGUGCAGGGCUUGGUCGCCCCUGGGCGUGUGAGCCCGUACGCUUCUCUGCCAUCUACAGGUCAACAAUUACAAACCGCUGUACCUUCUGUAACAUCACGUUAUUCUCCCGCGCCACCACCAUUGAUUCAAUCAACCAGCGCUCCACCUCCAGUCCCACAAUCCCGAUACUCUCCUGCCCCGCCUCUUUCACGUUCACACUAUGCCCCACCACCAUCAGCAAAUCUUCAAUCACCUCCACAGCCGAUAUUGCCGCAUUUGCCUCGAACCUCUAGUCCUUUGGCUCAUUUCGAGAGGAGUCAAGACGGUCGUGGACAUGGUGCUGGUGGUGAGGUACCAAAUUAUGAUCGCCGUAGUUCAUCAGGGUACGAGCCUAGUCUGAGAGCACACCCGCUUCCACCUACCAGAGAAGUGGAUGAGAACGUUAAUAGCGUGCCACACACCCCCAUAGACAAUGAACAGCCGAAGUUUUUUACCUCACCUUCGCAGGGAGUGGCUUCCGUUUCUCAAACUCCACCUCCUAACUCAAGUAUUGCUGCUCGUAUGGGAAGAUCACCACCAAAACGAGCAUCACCUUCAUCACAAUACAUGCCACAAUAUCCCUCCAACACUCUUAGUCCAGCUCAAGCUCACGGCUUCGUCCCACCGCCAAGAUCUCACACGCAAUCUCCUGGUAGAGCUUUUAGUGGAUCACGACUUGAAAUGAGCAUUCCUGAGCCGUAUCAAAGGCCUGCUUCUAUCGAAGCCCUGUCUCCUAGGAAUUCGGCAGCCUUUACUCCUACUCAACAAUCAUUCCACGUCCCUGGGCGUCUUAGGGCGCCUUCCAUAGUUAAUUAUGUUGCCCCUAUAGAUGGACGUGAACAUGAUCCCUUACAAAGAUGGAAAGGUAGUCCUGUUUUUACUUGGGGUGUCGGAGGUACCAUGGUUACGUCUUUUCCCGUAGACAUACCUCGGUAUGGUAUGAACUCAACUAUGCCCAUGGUUGUUAGAAGCCCUGGAGCAGUAAAGGUUUGCAAUGUUAAGGAUCUUGAUCCAUUAGAAAGCAGAUUAACGAGCUUCCCCGGUCCACUAAAGGGUAAGGUGAAGAAGAAGGAAGUUCUUACUUGGUUGGCCUCUGGUAUUGAGAUCCUGGAACAAAGUGCAUCUUAUUUGAGAUCUCUUCAGGUGCUGUCUCACGAAGACAAACGCACCGAAGAACGUCUACUUCUGUGGAAGAUCUUGCAAGUCUUCAUCGAGAAUGAUGGAACUUUGGAGAGUAAUCCUGCUGUUGAGAAAGCUGUCAGGGCUGUCCUCUCUCCAGGCAUUGACGAUGAUGCUGGGCAGGACUUUCCGUUAUAUGCAAUGGGCGCAGGUCUUUCCGGAAUCUCAUCAUCCACGACACUAGCACAGGCUGACCCUGUGGACCCUGCGGCUGUAGAUCGUAUGAGAAAGCAUUUAUUGAGGGGAGAGCGAGUGAAAGCCGUGUGGGAAGCUGUUGAUAAACGACUUUGGGCACACGCAAUGCUGAUAUCAAACACUGUAUCAAAAGAUCUUUACAAGCAGGUUGCCCAAGAAUUCGUGAAAAAGGAAGUGAAGAACGUCGGUGACAACACUGAACCUCUCGCAGCCUUGUACGAUAUAUUUGCGGGUAAUUUUGAAGAAAGUAUAGAUGAACUUGUCUCACCAUCUGCUCGCGCUGGUUUCCAAAUGAUCAGCACUUCUGCAAAAUCAAAGCCUUCUAAAGACGCACUUGACGGUCUCGAUAGAUGGCGUGAGACUCUUGGUCUUGUUCUCAGCAACCGAAGUACAGAUGACAGUAGGGCUUUGACUGCUCUCGGCAAGCUUCUUUCCGGCUAUGGUAGGGCCGAGGCUGCACAUAUCUGUUUCUUGUUCGCACGAAGCACAUCUGUAUUCGGAGGCAUUGAUGAUUCACUUUCAAAUAUGAUCCUCGUCGGCUCUGACCAUUUAAGGCAGCCUUUUGAUUUCGACAGGGAAUUGGAGCCAGUCCUUUUAAGUGAAGUGUAUGAGUACGGCUUAUCGUUGUCAAAUACUUCCAGUAUUUUGACCUCGAAUCCGCACUUGGCGGUCUACAAAUUACACCAUGCCACAAUUCUUGCAGAGUAUGGUCAUCGACAGAAGGCACUAGAAUACUGUGAGAGUAUUGCUUCGACCAUCACUUCUCAAACAAGACGAUCACCAUAUCAUCAUGCUCAAUUGGUUUCGGCCCUUGAUGAUCUUAGUAAGAGGUUGAAAUCAUCACCCAAGGAUGAGAAUGGCUCUUGGAUCUCCAAACCUAGCAUUGAUAAAGUCUCUGGUUCUGUAUGGGCAACAUUCAAUAAGUUCGUUGCUGGCGAUGAAAAGGACGCCGCUGAUGCUACGUCAAAUGCCGGAAGUUCGGCUGAUAUUGGCCCAUUCGCACGCAUAGCUGGUGGCACUCCAACCAUAAGUCGAUCACCGUCUGUUGCUGAUAUCUAUGGUAGCUCUUACAAUGGAGGGGGAGGUUUGGGUAUUAAUGGAAUCGUUUCAUCAAGUCAACAAACAAAGGCGUCUUCACGAUAUGCUCCAGGUCCUGCCUAUACUCCUCAAGGGUCAUAUGAAGCGCCAAGUUCUUUCCAUGGUUCUCAACCUCGAACUUCGUUCGAAGGGGGUAGAACAUCCGAUGAGUUCCGUCGUAAUUUGCAUGAACCGCAGAGACAGAUGCCCUCAGAAUAUCGUCCAAGUUCACAACAGUACAGUCAACCUUCCAAUUUCACACCUCAUAGCACUGGUUAUAGUCCAUAUACUGGGGGUGAUUCUCCUUAUACGCCCCAGGCUAUUCCUUCCGCAAUGGACAUCCCAUCGACCAACUUCGAUUCACCGCAGCCUAUGAGUUACGAUGGACAACAAACCUAUCAACCGUUUAUGGGAGGUUACGAAGCAUCUAGUAAUGGAUAUGAACCUCCAUCGUCAACUGGUUAUGAGCCACCCACUGGAAGUUCUUACGAGCCACCUUCAUCAGGCACAGGAUACGAACCACCAUCAUAUGAACCUAGCUCGAUGGAACAACCUGAUUCCCCUAUCGGUACAAAACCAAAGAAGAGCUUCAUGGAUGAUGAUGAUGACAUUUCUUCACUCAAGGCACGAUCAGAAAGUACUGGAGAAAAGACCAAAGCGGAGAAAGAUCGGGAAGCCGAUGAAGCUUUCCGAAAGGCCGCUGAAGCUGACGCUGCUAAAGACAAAAAGCCCGCCUCACAGAAGAAAGGAUGGGGUCUUGGUUGGUUUGGCGGCGGCAAGAAAGAAGCCGCUCCCAUUGAUGCUACACAAGAAAAGAAAGCCAUCAGAGCUAAGCUUGGCGAGGAAAGCAGCUUUGUCUACGAUCCCGAUCUCAAGCGAUGGAUCAACAAAAAGGCCGGUGCAGAAAAUAUACCCACUCCAUCUGCUACUCCACCUCCACCACGAACCACGGGCCCACCCAGAUCAGCUAGCGGUACAGUGAUGCCAAGUGUAGCAGGCGGCUUGAGAAUACCUCCACGAUCAGUAAGCUCAGCGAGUGCACCACCUCAAAGAGCUCUUGAAAGAUCUAGCGAUAGCGGAAUGCUGGUGGACGGGGGACUAGUCAAAGCCCCCGCGAUGAUCAGAACACAAAGUAAUGGGAGCGCACUGGGUGGAAAUCUCGCCGGAUUGAUGAGUUCUGGCAGUGCACCGCCCAGUAGACCAAAUACGGGUAUGAGUAAUGCAUCGAGUAUCGAUGAUUUAUUGGGUCCGCCUAGUGCGAGUGGAGGAAGAAAGGGGACGGUUAGGAAGGGGAAGAAGGGGAGGGGUUAUAUUGAUGUUAUGGGUGAUAAAGCGGUGGGUAGUGGAAGUGGGGGAGCUUAG